UAUAUAUAGUGCAUGACGAAGAAUGUUAUUUUUCAUAGCACAAGGGUUGGUCGACUAAAAGUAGGACUGACAGGUCACUGACCUUUGAAACUGGACAUCAGCUUCAUCCGCUAAUAAUAACAGCUUGCCAUAUAUGGCACCGCUUCGCACGAGGACAAUUGGACAGGUGACCUCGCGUUACAGAUUUCCCGGAAUCGAGGAGGAGGGUCUAUAUAUCUGCCGCGGACAUCCUUCCCUCAGAGUCAGAGAGCACCGAACGAACCUCGCGUCUACAAGCAACAUGCCGACAUCUCACACCGUCUCCACCGUCCAGCAGACGGAACAAGUUCCCAGCAUGGCUCUCCAGCGUCCCAGGGACGGAACGUCGUUUCACUUCGUCGUGCCUCUGAACGUGGGCGGCCGUCACUUCACCAGCACCCUGCCCGUUCUGCGCAAGUAUGAGGAGUCCAUGCUGGCGGCGAUGUUCAGCGGCCGCCACCUUGUUGUGAAGGACAAAGACGGUCGCUACUUCAUCGAACGAGACGGCGCCAACUUCGGCCACAUCUUGAACUUCCUUCGCGACGGCAGGCUGCCUCCUGUAGAUAAGGCGAAAGAUGUCUACCACGAGGCGCUCUACUACGGGAUCACCCCGCUCGCCGACAUCCUCCGCCGGCACAGGACCAUCCAUGAGGAGGAGGAGGUGGCCAGGUGGGUCGAGCAGUGCCCCACCGCCCAGGAGAAGGCGGACGAGAUCGCCAACCUUCUCCAGAAGAAGUUUGCGGACACCCUGAGCAGGAAGAGCCGCGUGGUCCUCCAGUUCGACCAGGAUUCUCACUGGGAGGCCGUGCGCCACAAGGUAUCGGGGGAGUCCAUCGGUAACUACUACCAGCCUUACGACUUCGACCAAGACGAGAGUCACAAGGACCACAAGUGUCCCCUGCCAGAGAUAGCCAUGGGAGAGAUGUCUGAGCACGAGAAGGAGAAGACGCUGUGUUUCUUCGAUCACUUCUUCGAGAAGCUGGGCUAUAAGAUGGAAGUCGUCCCCGGGGUGUGUCGGGAGGCGGUGUGGUCCCAACAAGUCUCCUGGCCCGGAGAGGAGGUGGACUCCAUAACGGUUUACUGUAACAAGCAGAUCUACACACUCACCUUUACUUGAGCCAGUUAGAAGAAUUUACAGUAAGGUUGUGCUUUCCGAACUACGAAGACUAAACCAGAAACAUUUUUACACGUAAUUAUGUUUGUGUCGAUCAAGCGUCUUUGUUCAAAUUAAAAAAAAAAUUAUUAGGAUGGAAUUUUGAUAUAACCAUUUUACUCUUUUGAUAUAUAAUUCAAGGCGAGUAACAAUCUCAAUAAGGUACGUCGAUGAAGGUUAGACAUCCAGGUAAUACGAUAUGCCAAAAAACAGUUACUCAAGCAACUGGAUAUGAUAUAAUCAUAUCCAGUUGCUUGAGUAACUGUUUUUUGGCAAAUCUCAAUAAGGAUGUAAUCAAUUUGUAUCGUCAUGGCACCUAUUAUACAUGAACAGGGACCGUAAAAGUCACGGAGAUGUAAUUUUAUGAUGUAUAUAUUCGCAUUGCGGUUUUCUUCAUAAUGAAGAAACACAGUUUUUAUGGUAUGGUACAGGUGUACUGGGUGGAAAAUGAAAGUGAAAAGGAACAUGGUUUGAUAAGUUUUUAGCUGGGUAAUACAGAUUGAUUAAAGUGUUG